UGUUGUUGAAGAGAGAAAAGGCUCACUCAGUCAAGAAGGAAUGGCGCCAAAUAGCGAUGCGGAUGAACGAAACGACGUCGCUUUGUCUGAUUCACUCGCCGUAACCCUAACAUCACUGUCUUCCUCCUCCAUUAAAAAACGCUCACUUCUCACUCUUCCAUUCGACCUCGUGGUAGAAAUUCUCUCUUUGCUUCCCGUAAAGUCCCUCAUGCAACUCCGAUGCGUCUGUAAGUCCUGGAAAUCUCUAAUCUCUGAUCCCAAAUUCGCCAAGAAACAACUUCGCGCGUCAAUGCCAUUCACCACUCACCAUCACCUCAUGCUAACCUUCCUCGAUCGCCUCGAUCGCCCAAGCAAGUUCAGCUUCAUGGCUUACUCUCUAUCAUCCUUCUUCGCGGAAGGAACCACAACCACCAUGGAGCUAGAGUACCCUCUCAUAAUCAACCAAACUAGUUUCGUUCAAUGCGCUGGCUCUUGCCAUGGCAUCCUCUGUUUCCAUCAUGAUCAAGGUGUAUCUUUUUUGUGGAAUCCUUCCAUUAGAAAAUUUACGAAAUUGCCCCCUUUGGAAAUAGACGGUGACUCACCAUUCGACCUUUCCUUUGGCUAUGAUAAUUUCAGUGACAGUUACAAGGUUGUUGCUGUUUCAUGCUGUAAAUUUUCUGUUAUUAAUGGUAUUAGGGUUUACAAAACUCAAGUAAAGAUUCAUACUUUGGGCACCCAUUCUUGGACAGAAAUGCAGGACUUACCUUUUGGUCACAUUUGGGAAACCGGAAAAUUCAUUAGCGGAACUAUUAAUUGGUUAGCAUCUAAAAAUUGGCGUUCCCCAAAAGUCAUUCUUUCUCUUGAUUUUGAGAAGGAAUCUUGUCGAGAGCUUCUGCUGCCUGAUUUGGGAGGGGUUUUAGACUUAGAGAUGUUUAAGGAUUGUUUGUGGAUAUUAUCUCAUGGGGAUACUUUUAUAGAUAUUUGGCUUAUGAAGGAGUUUGGAAAUAAAGAAUCUUGGACUAAAGUGGUCCGUGUUCCUAACAAUGGAGGUAUUGAAUCUUGGUCUUAUGUUUCUGCACUUUAUGUUUCUGCACUUUAUGUUUCCGAGGAUGAUCAAGUGCUACUGGAUAUUAACCAAAAGUUGGUUAUUUACAAUUCUAGUAAUGGCACUUUUAAGGAUUGUAAUAUUCAAAACAUAAAUUGUCCGUGGAUGAAACGAGAUGUCUACAUUGAGAGUUUGAUAUCACCUUGUUUCUAGAGACGACACUUUUAUAGAUUAUUGAUGUGUUGUUGGUAGAUGGAAUUUGCAGCAUGAGAAAUUGCUACGGUAGGUGUAAUUUAUUUGUCAGUAAGAGUUUUUUUGCUGGUUCUCUUAUUGUGUAAUUCAUUAUAUGUUUAUCUCAUUUGAUUUUCUUAGAUUGAAACUAAGUGUUAUGUCUAGUCACUUGUAUGUUUGUUGAAAUUUCUUCUCAA